AAGACAGCAACACAGUGGACUAAGGGGCCAUUCUAAGCACAUGAUGAUGUUUGGAUGAUGUUGGAAGCAGGAUGGGCCAGGCAGAUAAAAGAGGAGAGUAGACAAUUACUGCCUUCUAACACUGAGCCCUCAUGGCCACUUCAAGGGAUUCCCUGAUAGAUGAGGUACUUGAACCUGGAGGAGUGCCGACCAACUCAAGGGAGGGACCUGCAUACACCAUGGAGUCUAGAGAAUCUCUUGCAACCAGCUUGAAAAUGAGAUUUUCUACCUAGGCCUAAGCCAUUCCCCUUUUUCUUCUUCUUUUCUUCUUUCAGUUCUGUCAUUUGGACCCAUUUGGUCCAGUUCAGGGCAGAAGUGAAAUUUGUAUGAAGGAAUCAUCCCAGCCAGAGGGAUUUGUGUCCUAGCAGAACAGAAUGAAGUUGCCUUUCCAUGCAAUCUUCUCCAGGUUGGAAAAGCGGAUUAUUAUCUUCUUAAAGGGCUUCCUGCUCUGCUGUCAAGUUAUGGCAGUAACCUGCAGCCCUCCCCAAAACAUGUCCUAUGAUGGCUUUGAGUAUGUCACCAGGUCUGGAGAAGAUACCUACCAAGAUAAGAUCCGUUCCUCAUGCCAUGCGCCAUAUUACGAGAUAGCACCUUCCAUGGGCAGUGGCCAACCUCUUCCUGGAACAUUCACCAGCUCAGCCCACAGCAUCUGGAAAGACAGAGAGGGAAGAGGGAAGAUUCCUCAGUGCUUACCUGUGUGCGGACAACCAUCCACACCUAUUAACUGGGACCAGGGAGCCACUGGUGUAUCAAAGGCAAAGCCAGGAAACUUCCCGUGGCAGGCACUCACCGUCAUCUAUGGACGGGGAGGAGGAGCUCUGCUCGGAGACCACUGGAUCCUCACAGCUGCCCAUACCAUCUACCCUAAGGACAGCUUCUCCCAGAAGAACCGGACUGUGAAUGUAUUCCUAGGACACACAGAUGUAGAGGAGAUUAUAAGACUGGGGACACAUUCUGUCCAGAGGGUCAUCGUGCACCCAGACUAUCGCCCAGAAGAGCCAAACAACUUUGAGGGUGACAUUGCACUACUGGAAUUAGAAAACAGUGUGCCUUUGAGCCCCGACAUCCUCCCCAUCUGUUUGCCAGACAAUGAGACUCUCUAUGGCGAUGGCUUGAUGGGCUAUGUCAGUGGCUUUGGGAUGGAAAAUGGCCGUUUGGCUAGCCAACUGAAAUAUGUGCGUCUGCCUAUUGCCAAGCGAGAGGAUUGUGAGGCCUGGCUUCAGAAGAAAAAUCGAACCGAAGUGUUUUCUCCAAAUAUGUUCUGUGCUGGAGACAGGACCUUAAAGCAAGAUGCCUGCCAGGGGGACAGCGGAGGCAUCUUUGCUGUGUGGGAUAAUACUACAGAGCGCUGGAUGGCCACAGGCAUUGUGUCCUGGGGCAUUGGCUGCAGCAAAGGGUACGGCUUCUACACAAAGGUCCUCAACUAUAUGGACUGGAUCAAGGCCAUAAUAGAAGGGGAUAGCUGAGCCUCUAGGGUUGGUUACACUAGCCUUGGCUCAGAGAUCCUCAAAUGGUGGGUUUCCUGGAGUUCACAAAAGUCAAAAUUAUUGUCAUAAUAACCUUAAGCCAUUUUAAUUUCUAACAUGGUAAAUAUAAAUAGAUAAAACCCACAUAAACUAAACUUAUUUGUAG